AUGACGUACUACACCGCGGCGGAAAUCUCUGAUCGCCGCAUUAACGAGGAGGACGGCACCAUAGAGUACGCCGUGAGGUGGGAAGGAUUUGCCGGCGAAAUCACGUGGGAGAAGCGUCAGCAGCUGACGGAAAGCUACGCGGAGGCAGUGCAGGUAGUAGACCAGCGGUGUAUGGACUCCACUGAUGAGGAGCUCGAACGUUGGCGCGACAGAGAGUGGAGAUGUGAAGCGAAACGAGCACACGAGCAGCCGUCGCUAGUUGGGGCCACGACGGAGCUGCGCAAACGCAGUCGAUCCGUCUCUCCAGCUGCCGUCAAGGACUUGGGGCAGGUGGAAGUACUUAGCGGGAUUCUCCUUCGUCCUCCACGCCGUUGCAGUCACAGAGGUGUCGCGUGCGCCGCCACGCACGCGGAGGAAGAAGGAACAAUUCUCAUGCUGGGCGAGGUGGUCUUGGCGGAGGAGGCGUCGACGAUACUGAACCGCACCGGCGGCCACCAGAAGAAGCGUAAACCCACGACUGCCAGCACCGCCGCCGCCCUUCACACCGCACCAGCUCUCGAGAUCGAGAAGCGCUGGCGUGACGCGCACGGGCAGAGUCUCCUCCACAGCAUCGAAAGGGCGCAGUCGAUCACUCCUUUUUACCCGAACUUUCGCCUUCACGCGUGCGACUCGGCAACGCGAUGCGCGUUGACGCUGGAAGCGAAACGCUCAUCACACCUGCGCAUCAUCAGCAUCGCGCCUCCGCUCAUGACGCACAGCGGCGCAGUGUUUGGACUGCCUGUGGCCCUGGACCCUCUUGUAGGGGAAAAGGACGUAGAGCAACUGCGACUAAGCGUGCAGCUCGAGUCUCCACUCUUCAGUAGUGCUGCUCAAGAGCUUGUGAAGCCUCAUGUGGAGCAGAUGGUCGUGCGGUACAUCAUUCCUGAGGAAGUGCCUGCCACCGUUGGCGACCCUGCCACACCCACCACUGAGCUCUUCCCUGUGCACGGUCGUAUCGCCUCGAUGCCACUCUCAGUCUUCCGGGUGGUGUUUCCACAGCUACUCAUCGACUACCUGCUUAAGAACUCCGUCGUUCUGCGUUGA